AAUUUUGCCUUCUUGUCUGUUUUUUUUUAGUUUUCUUGAGCACUCAGCAUGCAAAAUAUUGUAGGGCAGGCUGCUGUAGGAGUGCUGUUUCUGUGGACAACCUGCAGAGUCACAGCCAGACCAGGAGUUAAAUGUGGUGGGAUCCUAUCUGCAACAAAUGGGAAUUUCUCCAGCCCUAAUUUCCCAGGAUAUUAUCCAUAUGAGACCGAAUGUACUUGGCUGAUUGUUGUUACAGAGGGCUCCUCCAUUCUGCUCACAUUCCAGCAUUUUGACCUUGAAUUUCACACUCACUGUGAAUAUGAUUACCUCAAAAUCUAUAAUGGAGUAUCUGGGGACGAGGGAAAUCUCCUGGGCAAAUUCUGUGGAAAAGCUUCUCCUCCUCAUUUCUCCUCAUCCUGGCAUGUGAUGUCGAUCAUUUUCCGCUCAGAUAGGCAUGUGGCCAGCCACGGAUUCGCUGCUUCAUACAGCAAAGAUGUAUGCGGAGGAGUGUUAACGGGUCUGUCUGGAGUGCUGUCUAGCCCGGAGUACCCAGAUAAUUACCCUAAUAAUGCAGAGUGCCGCUGGGUUAUUCGCGUCUCUAAUCAAUCAGUGAUCAAUCUGAUCUUCUACGAUUUUCAUCUGGAGAGUAAUGAGGAUUGUAGCUUUGACUAUGUGGCCAUGUUCGAUGGAUCCAGCAUGAAUACCAGACACUGGGGUCAUUAUUGUGGUGGGACAAAACCUCCAGCUAUCAUUUCCAGUGCCCAUGAACUACUUGUUGUUUUUAAAUCAGACUUCAACAUUGGUGCAAAGGGCUUCAAAGCAUUUUAUUUUUCAGGUGAGUGUCAACAGGUCUUCACAGCCAUUAAAGGGAAUUUCUCCAGCCCUCGCUACCCAAACAUUUAUCCUAAUAAUAUCAAUUGUCACUGGACAGUCCAACAGCCUCUAAGUUACAGGAUCAAGGUUAACUUAAUUGAUUUUGAGCUGGAGGACAGGGAUAGCCUGAGUGAUGCCUGCGAUUAUGACUUUCUGGCAAUCUUUGAUGGAGACAGUGAGACUGACACACUGCUGGGAAAAUGGUGUGGUCAUAACUCACCUCCUUCUCUGUUGUCCAAUGGGAACAGACUUUUGUUUGUGUUGUCGGCUGACAGGAACACAGCUUCUCGUGGCUUCCAUGUAUCCUACAGUGGUGUCGUUCCCAUGAAUGUCAGCUGCUCUAGAACAGAUUUCCAGAUUCUGAUAGCUGUGCAGGCUCUUCCUUCACUCAAUCGUAAUAGCAUUUAUCUUGGAAGGCCCGGUUGCAUGGCACAGGUAAUCGGCUCAACAUUCAAGAUAAUUUCACGGUUUGAUGCCUGCAGAACAAAGACACAGAAAAUUAAGAAUGCCACCAUUUUUGUGAACAUUUUGUAUAUACGUUUUCCUGAUGGAACACAUGGUGACACCCAGGAAUAUAAGAUGCAGUGUAAUGUCAAAACCAAAGCAGCUUCGUACAACAUCAUCACAGACACCGAACUGUAUCAACUCCAGCAGAUGGCCGUGAAUUUGGAGGAUUCAAAUUCUGAAGAAUCAAAGGUGGUAGAUGGACCUGAUGUUUCAAGGAUGCAAGAUACCAGUGACAUUGUCUUCAUUGGUAUUUGUGUUUUGGCAGGACUUCUGAUGUUGAUUGCUGUCAUAGGACUGGUUCUGCUGUAG